AGCAUCAUGACCCAGCAGCAGGAGGCUGUGUCGCUGUGAGCCGCGGGACAGUUUCUGAGAUUUGUCUGGACCACUCGGGGAGAAUGAGCGUGAGGAGAAAGAAGACGGGACUUCUGGCGGGCUGGCGCCGCUCCUUCACCGUGGCGCGCUGGAGGAAAGGGAAAGAAAACGAAGACACGGUGCUGGACAGCAGGGUGGUCCUGACCAAGAUGAAGCUGUUCAGCGAGAGGCCUCUCAGCGAGCAGCCGACGGAGACAUCCACAGCGAGAGACGUCUCAGAGCCGCUCGGCAUCACUCAGGUUGAAUCAACGCACGACGAGGAGCCCCGGGAUGAAAGGUCCUCUGAUUAUCUUUCGGAGAUGUUCUCUGCCUCGCAGCUGACAAGGCUGUACAAGUUUGAGUCUGAAGAUUCAGGAGUGGAGCUGCCCAGCGGAGCGAACUCACCCUCCACCCCCACUGGCUCCGAGCACAGCUUCAUGGUCCACAGUCGCGAGUCCUCCUGCCACUCUUCUGAGCCCGCCGCUCUCCCUGAACUCAGCACUUGUGAGCAGUGCUGCGAGGUCGACCAGGACCUUCUGAAGGAGGAAGAAGUGUUGACACCACUGCCUCAGCUCUCACAUGCUGCUGAGAGAGUAGAGCUGCGCAUCAGUGAGGAGCUGGACAAGGAGCAAUGUAGAGACUCGGGAAUCCACCCUCAAGAGGAACAUGAAAUCAUGGAGACAGGCCGGGAGUCCGACCACACGACUGCUGACGGCGAAUCCAUGUCGGAGAGAAGAGGCACACUAGACAGUCUGGAAGAGUACAUGGAGCAAUGCUGCCGACUCAGUCAGACGCAUCAUUCCAUCUGUGGCUCAGUGGGCUCAGGCCUGGGCUACCUGGAGCACAUCUGCCAGCUGCUGGAGAAGAUCGGCCAGCUGCAGGAGGUCAACCGCCGCUUGCAGAGGGAGAUCUGUGGUCUGCAGAAGGACGGACAGGUGGCAACCAGGAAAGAGGAGUUCUUCCAGCAGCACUGCAGCUGUGGCGCCGCCGCCCUGGCCUUCCCUGACUAUCACCCCAGAGACCCGGCGCUCUCUGACCUGUCCACCAUCCCUGAGGUCACUCACCACCCGCUUUUAUCCAGCAAAGACAUGAGUCCUCCAUCUCUCUGGCAGAGGAACAUGAACCGUCGAAGUUACACCGAAGGGGACAACCACUUCCUCUGUGAGGGCAGGGAUGGGCUCACCAUCCCUCGCCGGAGGAGUGAAAACUACACCUGGAGCCGAGUCAAGGACCUGGUGAGGAGAAAUAAAGUGAAGAACGGGCCUGCUCUCGGGACGACCGCCGCAGCACUGAAGAUGUCCUGCCCUCAGUUAUACAGACCCGACCUGGGGCCGGAGGAAGCCCUUCGCAGGAACAGGAACAGGAACUCCAUGAUUCUGUUGGGACACCAGAACAAAGCGGACUUCUCCUGGUCAUGACAGAGCUCCAGUCAGAUCCUGAUGGCUCCACAUGGACCGGUGGAGAGGGCUGAGAGGUAGAAGAAGAGGAGGAAGAAGAGGAGGAAGAGGAGGAAGAAGAAGAAGAAUAGGAAGAAGAGGAAUCCAGGGAAGAGAGAAUAUUCCGGGGAGAGACAGCCAGUGUAAAUGUUUAAAGUGAAAGCUCUAGCAAGACGACCUGUUAAUGAAAUGACACUCCACUUCGAUCCAUCAUGCUUGGAUAAACAUCAGGACUGUAGUCCAGCAUGGAAAAGCCAUUCAUUGCUUCAGUGUGGAGACAGCGAUCUUGAGAAACGCCUCAUAACGUCUUUUUUAUAAGUUGAAAGCUCCGAGAGCUUUUAGCUGUGACCCAGCUGACCUCCGUGCGUGACUCACUCCCGCUGACUUUGUUCGCUCUCAGAGCUCCCACCAAGUACGACGCUCGACCGCGCACAGUGGGAGGAGUUUCAUUUCGCCUUGGCCUUGAAGCAGGAGCUCCUGCUUCACACGUGAACGGAACGAAGAUGAUUCAUCUGAGAACUGUAUAUGACUUUGCCUGAAAUACUGUUGUACAAGACAGGAUGCUGCUUCCCUCAAAUGAGUAUCAAAGAUGUUCUUCUUCUCCCUGGUUUGAUGGGAGGUGAAGUCUGUUGACAGAGAGGUGUUGUAAAGAGACAAGCCUUGUGUUGAGAGUCCCACAAACAAGUCAUGUUCUCACCAGACGUGGACUCUUGGGAGUCAGCUUUUACAGCGUGUAUGAAAGUUUUGUAUGAAUAAACCUGACAUAAAUUGUGGUGCAAUCCUAUUUUUCCGGAAUGAAAGUGUCUGUGCUGGUACUUGACCAUGUGGAGUUAGGCGAUGACUAUCAUCUCCUCCACCGGCCUCAGAU